CUACUAAGCUCAAGCUUGUACCGUUCCUUUCUUCUCCGAAUCUCGUACUUGUCUGCUUGUGAAGAGUUAUGAAACACUCUAGGCACAGCCCGACCUAAGGGAACAAAGUUCAUCAAUUUUCUAUAUCAGGAAUGCAAGAGCCGCAACCGCAUGAUCUAUGUGGAGUGCACAAAUGUCGGAAAAGACAUGAUGCAGCCAGUGAUUUCGGUUACAAAACUAGUGAGCACGGAUAGUGGUAUACGUACAUAUAGCGCGAAUGUCACCGCUAUACAUUUACCGAGUUCGCCUCUCACCUACACCCAUUCUCUAACAAUAUGACCAUAGUCUCGGAUGAUCCCACGUGGUGGCCGUUCAUCAAUGUACAUCGUUUUGCCAGCUAUUUUGCAGUUGCCGCCUUCGUUGUGAUAACAUAUGAUUGGGCACUAACAUUCGGACAAGAGGUCGAAUUAGUCUGGAGACAACCCUGGUCGCUCAUGACAGUGUUGUAUCUCAGUGUGCGCUACCUUGGGAUCCUAUCUGCUGCCGUGUCAAUCCUGGACAAUGUUCCGACCAUCUCGCUGACAGAUACAGUGAGUUGGAUAAUGUACACUAUAUGGGAUUGGACGGUUGUUGUGGUAUUUGCGAUGCUGUGGGUCAUCGUCAUCACUCGAUUGCAUGCCAUGUAUCAACGAGAUAGAAAGAUCCUGAUAUUUCUCGUUGUCACCUUCCUGGCGAUCAGCACUUUUGCUGGAGUGACAGUCGUAAUGACAACGAUACAUACCUCAGGAGAGGAACUCAUUCUCUCCGGCGCCUACCAGUGCAGGAUUAGCUAUACAGGAGAUGCCCUAGUUCUGAAUUCUGUUACUUGGAUACUCUGCAUUGUUUGGGAGGUCCUCACACUAUGUCUCGCAGUCCGGAUUGCGGUAAAACACUUCCGUGAACUGCGAUUACAUGCGGCAGGAGGGAUUAUCGGGGACUGUUUUACGGUGUUGAUGAAAACUCAUGUGCUCUAUUUUGUGAGCUUUGUUUCUGUUUCAUGUUUCGCCCUCAUCGUUGAAUUCUCUCCAAUAUUAUCAACGAAUCAAGUUGUCCUAGAAGAUGAGACUUUUUUUGGCUUGUUUCAGAUUUUGGAGGUCGUGCAGAUUUUCGUGCUAGGACGACGGCUGAUCCUUGGCCUUCGAGAAUAUAAUGCUGAACUCGUGGCUGACUCCGACGCAGCCACCGUCAUGACCUCAAUCGCCUUCCAAGAGCGUGUGCAUAUAUCGACUAGCAGUAGUGUGUAA